AUGGCAACGUGCGGGUGUGCUCUUGCACUAUUUAAAUCAAUUUGUAUAUAUUUUGUAUUCUAUAGUAUAUCACCAGUGAAUUUGAAGAAAUACGACCUCAUUGUCAUACCCUUAUAUAAUGUGAAACAUAGUCCUCAUACAGAUUCUAAUAGAAUACAACAAUGGCCCAAGCUAAAUAAAUUAAAAAGAAGAGAAGAUCGUUUUAGGAUAGAUAUAGGACACUAUGAUGAAGCUACUGAACUAAUAGAUAUAGACAGUAUAGACUUUAAUGAUGAUCGUCGUGACGUAUCCUCUGAUACUGGUAGUGAGGAUAAGCAGCAGUUAAACAUCGUUGAUAAUAACCUAGCGCGUUAUGGAGAUGACAAAAUAGUCGGUGGUGAUGAAGUUGAUAUUAAUCUGUAUCCUUACCAUGCCGCUUACGGUACCAACUGUGGUGGAGCGAUUAUUGAUAAAAAAUGGGUGAUAACAGCAGGACAUUGUGGUAAGAAGCCGUUUGUAAAAAUUGGCUCAAAAUACUUGAACCAAGGGAGGAAGGUUUUUGUGAAAAAUAGCUUCAUACACCCUAUGUGGGGCGCUAAGGCGAAGGAACACCCAUUCGACUACGACUUCCAACUUUUGGAACUAGCUGAACCAUUGAAAUUCAAUGAAAACGUCCAACCAGUCAAGCUAGCACAUAUUGAAGAUAUGUUGAUAGGCAAAAUUGUGACUGUCACUGGAUGGGGAAAUACAGAAGAAAAUGGUCCAUACUCCAACGUUUUGCGAGCUGUCCGCGUACCAAUCAUAUCCAAAGAAAACUGCCAGCGAGUACCCUUCCCUUACUUCAGAGGUGCUCUGACUUCAAGGAUGUUUUGCGCUGGGUUCUCUGAAGGAAAAAAGGAUGCCUGUCAGGGUGACUCGGGUGGUCCAGCGGUGGCCCAUGACCGGCUUCUGGGCAUGGUGUCCUUCGGAUAUGGGUGCGCUACUCCAGGUUCUUACGGAGUCUACAGCAAAGUCGCUAAAGUCAGAUCCUGGAUUCAAGAUGUAACUGGUCUGAAGUUGAUACUGGGUGGAUAUGACAUACAAAUCCAGGAGGCUCCGUACCAAGUGAACUACGGAGACAUCUGUGGCGGGGUCAUUAUUCAUAAGAAAUGGGUUUUGACUGUGGCGCAUUGCGGUUCCGAAUCCUUUAUCCGUACUGGCAGCAAAUAUCGUCUGGAAUCUCCUAAAGUGGAAAUAAGAAACCAUUUCGUACAUCCCUUAUAUGGAAGAUACCAUUCGUUUGAUUACGACGUGCAGUUGUUAGAGUUGCAUCGAGAACUGCGGUUCGGAGAAUCUGUGAAGAGUGUUCAAAUAAGUGAUGGAGAAAUUGGAGAAUUUAUAUACGUGUCCGGUUGGGGAUAUUCAAGGGAAAAGGGCGAAUACAGGAAUACAUUACAACAAGCGAAAAUUAAUUUGGUGUCUAAGCAAACGUGUCAAAAAGUCCAAAAUAUCUGGUACAACCACACAUUGACUUCUAGAAUGUUCUGCGCGGGAAACAAUAUGGCGGAUGCUUGUCAGGGCGAUAGCGGAGGCGCCGCGAUAUCCUACAACCGUUUAGUUGGAGUGUCCUCGUUUGGCUUUGGAUGCGGUCGCAACAUACCAGGCGUGUUCAUCAAUGUAUCCUGCCCUAAUAUUAGGGUCUGGAUCAGAAGACAUACGGGUGUUCAAUAAAAUACUGGUGUGGGCUAGUUUAAA